CAUUUGCCUCCCGAAGACAUGUAUGACCUGAAUUUUUUGAGACUGGAUGAGACAAGCUCCACAAAGACUCUUGGAGUAAUGUGGAACGCUUUGACCGACAGUUUUUCUUACGCGCUGAAUCCUAUAAACACAACUACAACCCUGACUAAACGAAAGGUGCUGUCGGCCGUCAGUCAGUUAUUUGAUCCAGCAGGCUGGAUAACUCCAGUCAUCAUACGAGCCAAGAUACUAAUGCAGCAGUUAUGGCUUGAAGGGUUGGAUUGGGAUUCACCCAUAAGCGAGGAGUCACACUUAACCUGGGAGGGUCUCAUGAAAGAUUUCUCCCAUAUUAUUGACCUAAGAAUACCGCGCUGGAUUCGAUAUAUGCCAUCUGAUCGCGUUCAGAUCCAUGGCUUUGCUGAUGCUUCUAAAGCAGCAUAUUGCGCUUGCGUGUACAUAGUGGUUGAUUCGGGAUUUGAGUCUUGCUCCAACCUACUGAUUGCAAAAAGUAGGGUAGCUCCAUUGAAGACGGUAUGUUUACCACGUUUGGAGCUUAUUGGAGCCGAGCUACUAGCCAAGCUGGUGAAUUAUAUUCUAUCUGUUUUUGAUUUUGAAAUCGCUCACACCUUCUUGUGGACGGAUUCGUCGAUCGUACUUGGGUGGUUAUCAAAACCUCCAUGGUCUUGGGAGACAUUUGUCGCGAAUCGGACUUCAAGGAUUCAUUCCCUUGUUCCCAAUGCCCAAUGGCGUCAUGUUCCUACUGCCGACAAUCCAGCGGAUCUUGGUACCCGUGGGUGUAGUCCUCGAGAUCUUACGAACUCCAAGCUAUGGUGGAACGGACCAUCGUGGAUGACUGCCACUUCGUCCUCUUGGCCAGAAAUGGUUCCCAUAACACCCCCGGGACCACCGGAGGGACUUGCACAAACCUUUCACAUUGUAUCAGAAGAUUCUGAAAUUUUGAAAAGAUUUUCUUCAUACGAUAGAGCCUUAAGAGUUAUUUCAUAUAUUUAUCGAUUUUAUCACCGGACACAUCCGACAACUAGAUCGACUGCGAAUUUCUCCAGUGUGAGUCUUUGCUACGAGGAGAUUUUGUUUGUGAAGCGAAGGUUAAUACUCACGGCUCAGCAAUACGGGUUCAAGGACGAAUACAAUGCUCUUUCUCAAGGUCUCCAAAUCUCCCCAAAAAGCUCUUUGAGCACAAUUAACCCAUUUCUUGAUGAUGCCAGGAUUAUUAGAAUUAAUGGGCGUUUGUCGCAAUCAACACUUCCAUAUAGCGAACGCCACCCAAUGGUACUUCCAGGCAAUUCAUGGUUUUGCCAUCUUUACCUGUCUCAUCUUCACAAGUUUUUGGCUCACGCAGACUGCACGCUAAUGUGCAGAAUGGUACAGACAGAAUUUUACAUUUCAAGACUGAAACCCCGGGUUAAGUCUAUUAUACGCAAAUGUAAGACGUGUGUUGUGUUCAAACACAAAUCCUGUACCCAAAUGAUGGCACCAUUACCACUUGAUCGGUGUACGAUCUCGCCACCAUUCCAUGUGACCGGCAUAGACUUUGCAGGUCCAUUCGACCUGAAAAGCUCAUAUUUACGCAAAGCUCCUUCGACCAAGGCAUACGUAUCAGUGUUCGUGUGCUUCUCAACGAAGGCCAUACACUUAGAGCCGUGCUCAGAUUUGUCGUCUGUGGCAUUCGAGGCCGCCUUUGCUCGAUUUGUUGGGAGGCGAGGACUACCCCGAAGGGUAGUAUCGGAUAAUGGUCGGAAUUUUGUAGGCGCUAGUAGAGUGCUUCUCAGGGAAUUUUCACAGUUUAUAAAAAAUGCAUCUGCAGAUUUGUCGAAUAGAUAUUCCACGCAUGGUUUCGAAUGGAGCUUCAUACCACCUCACGCCCCACACAUGGGAGGAUUGUGGGAGGCUGCUGUUAGGAGCUUCAAACUCCAUUUUAAAAGGGUAGCAGGUGCCCACAGGUUUACAUUUGAACAAUUUGCCACUAUUUUAGCACGCAUAGAAGGUGUUCUAAAUUCUCGCCCUAUAUCAGCUUUGUCAGAAGACCCUACAGAUUUGAGUGCACUCACACCGGGCCACUUUCUAAAAGGGUCCCCGAUGUUAGCAUUUCCCGAACCGAUAUCUCCAAAUAUUUCUAUGAUAAAUCGAUGGACGAAACUGAAAGCCAUCCACCAUCAGUUCGCGGUACGCUGGAGAGAAGAUUACUUGAAAUCACUUCAGAAACGAUACAAGUGGAAAAACCCGCAAUCUGACGUGAAAAAGGGAGAUCUAGUCGUCGUUAUUGAUGAUUUGCUUCCACCCAGUGAGUGGAAGCUCGGAAGAAUCGAGGAUUCCCAGGCCGGAUCAGAUGGUAAAAUCAUCUAGUAAAAAUCAAUCCCCAAACUCCGAGAUAUAUCGUUGUAUGUUGUGUAAGAGAUUCCACAGCAUAAGUGUAUGUCCAAAAUUUUUUAAGAUGCAACCUGUUGAGAGAUGCCGGACAGUGCGUCAAUUCAAAUACUGUGUGAACUGUCUAGCGAAAAGCCACACAGCCGCCCAAUGUAAAUCAAAAAAUAAAUGUCGCAAAUGUCGUAAUUGCCAUCACACCAUGUUGCACCCAAACAAACCGAUGAUUUACACUGGAACCUCAGUUACGAACACCAAAAGACAACAAAAGAACCAUCCA